GUGACUAGAGAUGGGAUUCUGUGGUUCUCUUUACUAAAUGUUUCGGUGCUCUCUCUUUCUCUGAACGCACAUCGGAGGCCAAACUACAACCCAAGAAAAUCCGAUCAACGUCUUUCCAUUACUGACAAUGGACACCGACAUCACCAUGGUUCCCGCCGGCGAAGGAUCCGGCGCCUCCGCACCGUCUUCUUCUUCCUCUACCAAGAAACCUAAGCGUUUCGAAAUUAAAAAGUGGAAUGCCGUCUCUCUUUGGGCUUGGGGUGCGCUUUCACUAGUGCUAGCCAUAUUGUUGUGGACAAUUGUGCAAUUUGCAGGAAUCAUAUCAUGGAUCUCUGCAUUGAGUGCCAAGCUAAUCAGGCAAGUGCGACCAGCGAGGAGUGCACUGUUGCUUGGGGUAUGCAUCCUCUCUUAAACCCUAGCCCAAACCGCUGAAACUAUACUAAUAUUGUUUGUGUUGGACUUAAUUUCUGUUGCUAAACAUGUUUUCAUGAUUGGAUGGUUUGCAAACCAGAAUACUUUACUCUUUUCUUACGGUGCUUCUAGGUGGGCUUCUUCUUGUUAUUAUGCAAGACUGACAUUCGAAUUGAGAUACAUUUUUUAAAAAGGUGACGAAUGGAAAAGUAGUGCAAAUCAAAUAUUUUUGUCAUGUGAUUGAAUGAGAAAACUGAUAAGGAUAGAGUUUAUUCAACUGAGAAAUGAAUGUUUAGCCUUAAGUGUGUAUUUGUGGGCCGGUCAGGGUAGUGAGGGAAAACUAUAUUGCCUUUGUUCUUAUUGUGAAUGCAGUCCUGGUUAAUCAUUUCAGAGUUGACCAGCUAACUAAAAUGACAUUAUAUAUACAGAUUUAUUGAGUGCAAUUCUGCUUGGCUGACAAUCCAACCAGUUCAUAGGUUGGGUUCAAUUGCCUAACUAAGUUUGCAUAUUGACAAACUGUGGUAUACAUACUUAUCACUUUUUUUAGCUAUUUAAAAAAAUCAGUCACACUAACAUGAAAGCAUCAUUUGAUGGUUUUUCUUGUGUCUUAUAUUGCCUCUUCACAUGAUUUAUGUACAAUGUCCUAUACCUUAUGAUACUUUUUUAAUCUUAAUAUUAUGAUUUCUAUAAGUUCUAGAGGGUGUUUCAGGCUGACGUUUUGAACAUCUAUAAUUACCCUUUUCUUUCCUUUGUUUCCUUUUUCUUGUAA